AUGUAUAGCGACGCCUGGCUUUACGACUACGAAAACAAGGACCCGACGGUUGAGUCCCUUCAGGAACAGUACCGGUAUAUCGAGAGUGUAAUUAACAAAUCGCUGGAUCGCGACCACCAACACAGCCAACAAUACGAAGACCUAUCCAUUGCCAAACUCCCUGUGUCUCACUUUUUGGGUGAUCAAAAGCCUCCGACAUCUCUCUGUAUAGAUCCCGUGCCUAAAGACAAUUGCGAUUCAAUUCCCUACACAAGUGCUUACGUGAAUAGACAACAAAAGCAGAUUUUGUACGCAAAGGAUAUCCACGAGAAAUAUAGCCAAAGACAACAGAACCUCAACCCGCAAAUCGAGUCCGCCAUCAAUAAUAUCACGAGCAGUGAAUUCAUUGGUUAUUACUUUUACGAACAGAUGGCAUGGUACUUUAAUCGUGACAGCGUAGCGUUGCCAGGGUUUCACGCGUAUUUUCAGAGUAGGGCCGACGAUCUGAUGAAACUUGCUAGAAAGUUCAUGGAAUACCAGAACAAACGUGGUGGUCGUGUCAUAUUGGGCGACAUUACUGCGUAUCCAACACAGAACGACUGGACACCACUGGAGGCAAUGACCAAGUCUAUAUUCGUGGAACAGACUAUCAUGCAACAUCUACUAAAACAGAACGCAUUGGCCGAGAGUCUAAAGGAUUCUCAAUUUAGCGGCUUUUUGUCCAACUUUUUGAAUGAACAGGUUAUCGAUCUCAAGGAAAUGACUGAUCACGUGACACAAUUGAAGCGAGUGGGCCCAGGAAUCGGCGAAUAUCUAUACGAUAAAGAUUCUAUAUUG